AUGUUUGCCAUCCAGCCAGGGGUAGCUGAGGGGGGCCAGUUCCUGGGGGGCCCGCCUGGAGUAUGUCAGCCUGAGCUCCAACCAGACAGCAACUCCAACUUCAUGGCGAGUGCCAAAGAUGCCAAUGAGAAUUGGCAUGGGAUGCCAGGCCAGGUGGAGCCCAGCCUGAUGAGAGGCUCCUCUGAGUUGUCCUCUGACAACCAGGCCUUCCAGGCCCCUGGACUCCCUGAUGGGGAGGUCCGCAGCCCACCAGAGGGGGCAGAAAUCGCCAGAGCUGAGCUGGAGAAGAUGAGCGGCGCCAGCACAGUCUGCUCCCCUCUGGAGGACAACGGCUAUGCCAGCAGUUCCCUGAGCACCGACAGCCCCAGCAGCAGCCCUGAGCCUGUCUGUGGGACCCCUCGAGGCCCAGGCCCUCCAGAUCCCCUUCUGCCCUCAGUGGCCCAGGCUGUGCAGCAGCUGCAGGCUCAGGAGCGCUACAAAGAGCAGGAAAAGGAGAAGCAUCAUGUGCACUUGGUGAUGUACCGUCGCCUGGCCCUGCUGCAGUGGAUCCGGGGCCUGCAGCACCAGUUGGUUGACCAGCAGACCCGUCUGCAGGAGAGCUUCGACACCAUCCUAGACAACCGAAAGGAGCUUAUCCGUUGUCUCCAACAGAGGGCGGUCCCAUCCAGGCCCCAGGAUCAGGGCUAA